CGCGAGUGCAUCUCUAUCCACGUGGGACAAGCUGGGGUGCAGAUCGGCAAUGCCUGUUGGGAGCUGUACUGCAUGGAGCACGGGAUCCAGCCGGACGGGCAGAUGCCCUCUAGCAAGAACGACGGAAGGAGGGACGACUCCUUCUGCACGUUCUUCAGCGAGACGGACUCCGGGAACCAUGUGCCCCGGGCCAUCCUGGUGGACCUGGAGCCCACUGUGGGUUUCCUCAUCUUCCGGUCUUUUGGGGGUGGAACCGGGUCCGGAUUCGCUUCCCUCCUCAUGGAGCGUCUAUCCGUUGACUAUGGAAAGAAAUCCAAACUGGAAUUCUCCAUCUACCCUGCUCCCCGGGUUAGGAAAUACAUGGCAUGCUGCAUGCUGUACCGAGGCGACGUGGUCCCGAAGGACGUGAACGCCGCCAUAGCUACCAUCAAGACCAAGCGAUCGAUCCAGUUCGUGGACUGGUGUCCGACUGGAUUCAAGGUGGGCAUCAACUACCAGCCCCCGACCGUCGUCCCCGGCGGGGACCUGGCCAAGGUGCAGAGAGCCGUAUGCAUGCUGAGCAACACCACUGCCAUCGCCGAGGCCUGGGCGAGACUGGAUCACAAGUUCGAUCUCAUGUACGCCAAGAGAGCUUUCGUCCAUUGGUACGUGGGGGAGGGGAUGGAAGAAGGAGAGUUCUCGGAGGCUCGGGAAGACCUCGCCGCCCUAGAGAAGGACUACGAAGAGGUCGGCGUGGAUUCCACCGAGGAAGGCGAAGAGGGACACGAGGAAUACUGAGGUUCCUUCCACAGGGCAGCGGGCUCUUCCAUGGUGCUCCUUCACAGCCUCAUCUCUUAUCAUUUCCUCAGAUUCUAAUACCUCUCUCCCCAUUAUACUAAUUUUUCACAUUUCGUUCAUGGUCUUCUAUUACCCCAACAUAAAAUAUGAUUUUGAGCCAAAAGCUUUUAUCGUUAUAUUUUGAUGGGAACCGAAAAAGGGGAGACAGUGCUCAUCGCUUCCGCUAAUCCUAGGAUGUCUUAUGAAGAGGCAAACAGAUGCAUUUUAAUACGCCAUUUUUUACGCUGCCACGGAUUCCCCCACCCACACCUAAUGGAAGGAAAAUGGAAGAGAGGUGGGGGCAAAGAUUUCCUGUCAGUCUACCCUCCAUUGCUUAAUCACGAAAGGCGAAAAUGAUCGCCACCUUCUAAUUCGGUGGAGCCUUUUCCACUUCUUGUCAAUGAUCUUAUCAACUAUCAUGCAAAGGCGGCUUUCGACGGUACCCAUCUAGCAAGUGCAAACUCCUUGAUUAUACAUGCUUUUUGUAGGCGUUCAGUCGACGUAAGAAGCAGGAAAUUGGUCCCAAAAAUGACUGGUCAACUGAUGAAAGAAAAAAUAAAUAAAGUUUCUUUUCAUGGGGA